ACCCGAGCCGUCGAGAAGCCGAGACUGGGUCCCCCACAGACGAAUGUGCCUUCCCAUCAGCCCCUGCUCUGGGUCCCGGGGACCCUGGCGUCACUGGUUCGAACACAGGGAGCGUCUCGGGCGCUCUAGGGGUACUUCCAAGUGGGCAGAAGGCCCCUGCGGGGAAGAGCGAGCUUCACCACUUGCUCCGCAUUUUCUCCAUCAACUACUACCUGUCCCUGGGAUCUGUCCAGUCGCCCAGCUAAAGCGCUCAGCAGGUCAGCAGCGCGGCGAGCUUCCAUGCAGGCGCGGGGUCUGGGGCUCCUGGAUCUCUGUGUCCCAUUUCACAGAGAUUGCCACCUACUGCCGCCUGCUAGAGGACGGGGAGGACUUCAAUCUUGGUGGUAUUCUGGACAGCAGCAAAUACUUGCAAAGCAUCCAAAAGACCAACACCCACAGGAUAGUGGACGGCAAAGUGGUGUCUGAGACCAACAUCACAGACGUUUUGAGGUGCUAAGCCAGCAGAAGCAAGGUCCCUUUGCGGAGCGGGAGGGCAAUAAAAACUUCUGUGGUCAAAAAUAAAAAUUACCUUCGCAUCACAGAAGUGUUUUCCUCAUGCAAAUGUAAUAUAGAUUCAUUAAUACAUAGAUGUGGAAAUUAGGGCAAUUUCCACAACUACUCACCCAGAGAGGAUUAAAAAAAUAAUUGGCCACCAACUAAUUAAACAAAUACACAAGUCGUAAAUAA